AAAGGAACAUCCACACCGGGAGCUGCUGCGGCACCAAGGUGAGUGAUUAACCUUCGGUCUCUCCGGGAGACACGGACAGACAUCAGGCUGUGUCCUCACCGAGGCAUGCUGCCGCCGCUCAGCUGCCACAUCCCACCACCACCAUGGGCGAGUUAACGGCGGAGGACACCGCGGUAGCGGAGGAUGACGUGGCUGUGCUGUGUCACACAGCCGUCAGCCACGAAGAGCCAAACUGCUGCGACCAAGAAGCAGAAGAAUGUGGCGACGAACUGACGGAGGAGAGGAUACAUUUGAGAAACAACUGCCUCGGUCACGAUGACGACGAAGAGGCGACAAGAAGCGCGAGCUCGCAGCGGGAAGAGAAGAGGGCGACGCUGUGUCCGCCGGCGUGUUGCGUCACCAAGCUAGCAUCCUCCUCAGCAAGCGCGCGUGAAGAGAAGCCAAAGCGAUGUCCAGGUCUGGGAUUGUUCUAUGCUUUCCUGUCCACAGUUUUCUUCUCCAUCAUUUCCCUUUUGGUGAAAACCCUGCAGGAAGUCCACGCCAUAGAGAUAAGUGCAUUACGCUGCUUCUUCCAGAUGCUCUUCGUUGUGCCGUUACUCAUCUAUCACAAGACCGGUUUCCUCGGUCCCAGAGAUCAACGCAUUUAUCUGGUGCUUCGAGGUUUCCUCGGUUCCAAUGCAAUGAUCCUGCUCUACUAUGCAGUUCAGCAGAUGCCGCUGGCAGACGCCACCGUCAUCAUGUUCAGUAAUCCAGUUUUCACCUCUCUGCUGGCUUGGAUCUUCCUGAAGGAGAAAUGUACAAUCUGGGACUGUGUUUUCACCGUUUUCACCAUCACCGGAGUCAUCCUCAUCACCCGCCCGUCGUUCCUCUUCGGAGAGCAUCCUGGUGGCGUUGAGGGCACCAGUCACAUCAAGGGGGCUGUCGCCGCCUUUGCAGGAGCGAUUGCAGCUGCCUUUACGUUUGUUGUUCUCCGCAAGAUGGGGAAGAGCGUCCACUACUACCUGUCCGUGUGGUACUACGCUGUCAUCGGUCUCCUCGAGAGCAUCAUCACCGUAUCCAUCCUCGGCGAGUGGAAAAUGCCAAACUGCGGCCGCGAUCGCUGGAUGCUGAUUCUGAUUGCCGUCCUGGGCAUCGCUGGCCAGAUCUUCCUCACAAAGGCGCUGCAGCUUGAAAAGGCUGGACUCGUGUCCCUGAUGAGGACCGUCGACGUGGUGCUGGCUUUUAUCUUCCAGUUUAUUUUCUUCAAUCGUGCGCCGACCUGGUGGAGCCUCGGCGGCGCGCUGUGCGUGGUGGUGAGCACCAGUGGAAUAGCCGUUAGGAAGUGGUACAGCAACUCUCGCAAGAGCUGAAAGAUUGAAACGACAUUCAAUUUCUUUUUUUUUUUUAGUUUAGAUUUUUUUUUUUCUUUCUCAAUAGCACGUUAUAUGAAUUUAUUCUGUUAUUUGUUGUUUAGGUGAAAACGAGGAAGUUUGGCCUCUUUUUAGGGUUGAAAUCAGAAUGAUAAAUUUGACUUCCAUAUAUUUAUUCUCCACGGUCAACUUGUGUAAUUUACUCUAUGCCAGGGCUGUUCAACUAAACUGCUCCG